AUGCCUGGAAAGAUCAGCGACUGGUCUGAUUACUCCUUGACGGAGGAGCAGAAGCAGCAUUGGAUGGAGCACGGGUUCAUCAAGAUUGAGAACUGUUUCUCUCCCGAACUUGCUGAGAAAUGGACCAGCUCUAUCUGGACCAGGCUUGGGGCCUCUCCGGACGACAAGUCGACGUGGCCCACGGAGAAGUUGAACAUGCCCGGCCACACUGUCAUAUCCGUGAAGGAGCAUGCGCCCAAAGCAUACGCCGCAAUGUGUGAGUUGGUUGGCGGAGAGGAUCGAGUCGCUGACUGGUGCAAAUACUGGAAAGAUGGCUGGAUUCCCAACCUGGGCAAGCCCGAGUACAAGGAGUCGGACCCAUUGGAUAUGAGGACACUGGACAACUGGCACUGCGACGGAGACUGGUUCACCCACUUCCUCGAUUCCCCCGAGCAAGCGUUGUUGGUCAUUCCUCUCUUCACCGAAAUCAAACCCAAAGGCGGAGGCACCGUCAUCUGUACUGAUGGGAUCAAGCUGGUUGCUGAGAAACUGUAUUCGCUGCCGCAAGGUGCCACACCGUACCUAGCGCCUCGAGGAACACCGGAGAUCCCCAAAUCCAACCCCGAACGUCGCAAGCUGUGGAAUUCAUGGGUUCAGGAUCGUGGCCUCUGUCGCGACGAGUCAUUUCACGAAGCCACCGGUCAGGUGGGCGACGUCUAUUUCUUGCAUCCUUUUAUGUUGCACUCGGCGUCGCGGAAUCUCCUUCGGAGCGUCCGAAUCAUUACCAAUCCGCCCGUGGCGUUGAAAGAACCGUUCAACUAUAACCGCCCCGAUGGAAAAUACAGCCUUGUCGAGGCCAAAACAUUGAGGGAUCUUGGUCGACCGGAAGGCUUGCCUGAGUGGAGGAUUACGGGACCAAGGGAGCUGCUUCCCAGUGCCGGUGGCCGGAUAAAGAUGCAAGAGGAAAUGAAAAGGAGAGAAUUAGAACGCCUCGAGAAAGCCGGGAUGCCGAUUCACACCCUAGAAGGAUCGAGCGAAUAUGGUCUUGAGUAUUAUCCAUCCUAG